AUGACCCGGAUGUGCACCUUCUACUUCAAGGUGUUGUACUGUAUGUCCGCUCUGAGCUUCCUUGUAUUGAUACAAGUUGUCAUAGUCAGUGAACAUUAUCCAAAUACUGAAUUCUACAACCAUGUACAAUACACUGCAUCAGAUACCCCAUUUCGGGCCAUAUCGGCAAAACUGAGUAACAUUGAAGCGGCAGAAGAAGCAGUUGUAAAGGACAAGCUGGACGGGUUGGAGCCACUACGACCGACUGACGCCCCCGGAGAACUUGGUAGAGCGGUAGCCAUCAACUCUGACGCGCUCAGUGAUGGACAAAGGGCCAUGAUGGCGGAAGGAUAUGAGAAGCAUGGUUUCAAUGAAUACGUCAGCGAUAUGAUCUCCCUCCGGCGUCGAACACCGGACUUCCGGCCGAGCAUGUGCCGGGGGAUGGUGUACCCAGACGACCUGCCUGCCACCAGCAUCAUCAUCUGUUUCCACAACGAGGCUUGGUCCACUCUCAUCAGGACGGUGUUCAGCGUCCUCGACAACACACCACAACAUCUCCUGCACGAAGUCAUCCUAGUGGACGACGCCUCUGAUGAACCGUCACUUGGAACCUCGCUGGCGGAAUACCUCCGCCCACUGCCCAAGGUGAAGCUAGUGAGGGCUUCCUCCAGAGUGGGCUUGAUAGGAGCCCGACUACUGGGCGUGGCCACAGCUACUGCCCCCGUCCUCACCUUCCUCGACUCGCACGUGGAGUGUAUGAAAGGUAAGGAAGGACAUGUGGCGGUGUGCAUGGGAGAGUGGCUGCAACCAAUGUUGAGUCGUGUUCGGGCCAACGACCACCACGUCACAUACCCAAUUGUCCACAUCAUCAACUACAUGGACUUCAGCAUCAAGGAGGUAAAAAUUGGAACCAGAGGUUUGUUUCACUGGAUGGAUCUGAGUUACUUCCCUUACAGAGCGCCUGAUCACGUCCUGAACAGCAGACGAAGUGCAGCGGACCCCAUCAGAUCCGCCACAAUGCCCGGUGGAAUAUUCAGCAUAAGCAGACGAUACUUCCACCAUUUGGGAGGGUAUGACCCGGGACUCAAGACAUGGGGAAGCGAAAACACAGAACUGUCGUUUAAGGUGUGGAUGUGCAACGGUACAAUCGAGGUUUUGCCAUGCUCAGGCAUUGCGCAUGUGUUCAGACACAUCAACCCUAAUUUGGGCAACAACUUCUACGACACCGUUACGACGAACGCCAUGAGGCUCAACUUUGGAAAUGUUUCUGACAGAGUAUCGCUACGACAGAGGUUGAAGUGUUACGACUUUGACUGGUACAUGCGCAACGUGGCCACCGAUCUGUACGCUCCGACUGAUGCCCUCCAAUUGCAGGAGCUGUGA